AUGAUUCCAGGGGAACAUUUGAGAAUCUGUCCUCAGGAAUAUACAUGUUGCACCUCAGAAAUGGAGGACAAGUUGAGCCAACAGAGCAAACUGGAAUUUGAAAACUUAGUGGAGGAGACGAGUCACUUCGUACGCACCACUUUUGUAUCCCGGCACAAGAAGUUUGACGAAUUUUUCCGGGAACUUCUGGAGAAUGCAGAAAGAUCCUUAAAUGACAUGUUUGUCCGGACAUAUGGCAUGCUGUACAUGCAGAACUCAGAGGUGUUCCAGGACCUCUUCACAGAACUGAAACGGUAUUACACAGGAGGCAAUGUCAACUUGGAGGAAAUGCUGAACGAUUUCUGGGCUCGGCUACUGGAACGGAUGUUCCAGCUCAUAAAUCCCCAGUAUCAUUUCUCUGAGGACUACUUGGAGUGUGUAAGCAAGUACACAGACCAGCUGAAGCCGUUUGGAGAUGUACCCAGGAAGCUGAAGGUUCAAGUGACUAGAGCGUUCAUUGCUGCACGGACCUUUGUUCAGGGGCUGACAGUAGGCAGAGAGGUUGCAAACAGAGUAUCCAAGGUCAGUCCCACCCCAGGGUGCAUCCGGGCGUUAAUGAAGAUGUUGUACUGCCCUUACUGCAGAGGACUUCCCACUGUGAAACCUUGCAACAACUAUUGCCUCAAUGUAAUGAAGGGCUGCCUAGCAAAUCAGGCUGAUUUGGAUACUGAGUGGAAUCUGUUCAUAGAUGCUAUGCUUCUGGUAGCGGAGAGAUUAGAGGGACCAUUCAACAUUGAAUCAGUCAUGGAUCCUAUUGAUGUCAAGAUUUCUGAAGCCAUCAUGAACAUGCAAGAAAACAGCAUGCAGGUGUCAGCAAAGGUCUUCCAGGGAUGUGGUCAACCUAAACCAGCACCUGCUCUGAGAUCUUCCCGUUCUGUCUCUGAAAACUUCAAUACCCGGUUUAGACCAUAUAACCCGGAGGAGCGACCUACAACAGCUGCUGGCACAAGUUUGGAUAGGCUGGUAACAGAUAUUAAAGAAAAGCUAAAGCUCUCUAAAAAGUUCUGGUCAACGUUACCGUACACAAUCUGCAAGGAUGAGAAAGUGACAGCGGGUCCAUCAAUCGAGGAGGACUGCUGGAACGGCCACAGCAAGGCGAGAUAUUUGCCUGAGAUUAUGAACGAUGGCUUGACCAACCAGAUCAACAAUCCAGAAGUAGACGUGGACAUCACAAGGCCAGACACUUUCAUUCGACAACAAAUCAUGGCAUUACGUGUCAUGACUAACAAACUGAAGAAUGCGUAUAAUGGAAAUGAUGUCAACUUCCAGGAUACAAGUGAUGAAACCAGCGGCUCGGGCAGUGGAAGUGGCUGUACGGAUGACAUCUGUCCCACCGAGUUCGAUUUCGUCACCACCGAAGCACCACCAGUCGACUCUGACAGGAGAGAGGUGGAGGCUUCAGCCACACAGCCAGGCUGGUCACUGCAGACAUUGCUCGUCAUCUUCAUCAGUCUUGUUCUGCAGAGACAGUGGAGAUAA